ACCCUCCUUGUGAUACUUUUCUCCACCGUUUCAUCAUUCCACACGGUCGGGUGAAGUUUUGUGCGCGUGUAUUGGUGUGGUACCCAGUGCCGAAGCAUCGUCGUCGCGUUUGUGAAAAUCUGAAAAUCGACCGAGCAGACGAAUUUCUGGGCUGGAUUUUUCUCCCUGCCCUGCGCCACUGGUUGUGUGGUGCCGUAUUCGAAUCGAAAGUGCAUCGUUUUGUAUUAUAAUCCAAGGUUUCGUGAUUGUGCCAAAUCCGGUCCAUGAUUUGUGUUGUAAUUUUGUGUAGUGUCCCAAAGAUGAUUUCAAUAUGCUUCGGUAGGUUCCGUCUGCGCCAAAGUGAGAUUUGGAAAAGAAUGUCAAAAUUUUGAUUGUGGGAUUGGUUUCUUCGUGCGGUAGUGUGUGUAUGUUAACGAGUCAUGCCUGCAGCAGUAGUAAACAUGGAUGAAUGGCCGAUUUGCAAUGAAAACAGCAAACCUGAGCUGCAGUGAAAUUUACAAGCACCGAAUUGCACGAAUGUGAUUUUAAAUAUUUUUUAAUGAAACUUAAAGGAUGAUUGGGGAAAAGAAAAUUUGUGAUCUGCGAACAACAUUGAUUGUACAGAAAGGGAACGUCUAGAUUAGAAAAGUAACAUAGUGUACAACGCUUUUCGCAGUGGUGUUGGUGACUCAGUAGACGGAACGGAAAGCAACAAUAGCUUAGCUGCAUGCGUGUAUGUUGCUGCACUAAUGAAAGGUGUGGAAUAUUAUUAUAAAAUGAAUGGAAUUAAAAUGGUACAAAAUUGAAAGAGUCGAUGCAAGAGUAUCUCGUUUGGCGAUUCAAAGUGAAAUAAUUCGAAAUGCAUUUUUUCGCGAGGUGAAAGUAAAACAAACAUCGUUUUAUUUGGUGUGUCGACUUGGAUUACUUCGCGUUCGGUUACUCGGUGCGUUCCGGUUACAGUGUCGAGGAAGAUUAUUCUGACCUUUCCAAGGUACAUUCCUUGUCUUUGUGGGCGGAAUGCGGAACCAAAUUUGCUAAUUUAUGAAGGUGGUGAUUGUCGAAGUUCUUAUUGGGCCACAUUAGACAGAUAGUACCCUGGCACCGCGGUGGUAGCGAGCAGCUGGAUUGUGCGAAUCGCAAAACUCAACAUGCCCGGUGUUUCUGGCGAACUGGAGUAAGAGGAAGAAAAAAGUGAAGAAAAACUUCGCCUGAUCACAGCCAGAGUGGCCGGCCAGCCGCCCCGAUAAGAUGGCCAAUUGCAUCGAAGCAAAAACAGGUUCUCCCGACGACAGGACAAUUACUCGACCGAGAAGGAUGUCGAAUCUCAAGCUGAGUCGUCGUAGUAAGCUUGAUUUGUGAGUGCAGCCAGCGAGGACAUCAAUCGACAGUAGUAUCUCCAACAGGGACAACGACGAUGAUGAGCGCAUUACCCGCUCGGUUAGAUUGAUGAUUACCAGCUCGUCGAUGGUAGUCGUCCCCCCUGUGGAGUGUAUCAAGUGCAUGUGAGUGUGUGGAGCAAUACGCCCUGUGAAGUGGAAGAUUAUUCUAGAAGCAAAAUAAAUAGCUCUUCGGUGUGAAAUACUGCCAGAUUUUUUGGCCAUCAGAGUAAAAUUCAUGUUUUUUGUGUUCCCCCGAGUGAAGAAACGGUGAGUGGAAAAUGAAUUCCGUAUUUUCUGCGUUCAAAUCUUCCGGCAAGCAUGACGGCAAGCAAAAGUCGUCGAGCAGCAAGAAGAUGGCCCAGGAUCAGCCCAACAGCUACGAGAAGUUGCGGCACAUCCGUGAGAUCAGCUGUAACAAGAUGAACACCCUGGUGGCGUUGGACCAGGUCGAAGUUAAUGGUAGUUUGUCCCCGUCCUGCGCCACCACACCGGUGCAGAGUCCCUCCAGUGAGAAGAGUUUGGACCUGGAAGAUCUGGGCAUAGACCAGGUGGACCGAGCUAUCCCGACCGUGGAAAUCGGUACAGACCAGCAUCAACUACCUUCUGUUGCUAGCACAGCAAUAACCGCAAAGGCUGACCCAACAAGUGAUAGUUUAGGUGAUAGUGUAGUAGUGAAUAAGCCUCCAUCGGGGGCAGCAGCUGUGGCAGCGGCCGCAUCCACAACAGCAACAACGACGACAACGAUCAACGGUGGCAGUGGUGGUGGAGGAGGUGCCGUUUUUGCCGUACCCGCCGCUCCAGCAGCAUCAACCAUUCCGACCAACAACGGUAGUAACAGCAACAACAAUAACAACAACAGCACCACCAACAGUAGUAGCAAUCAAUGGAACGUUGUCAGUUCCAGUAGUCGUUUCCACAAACCUAGGCUCAGCCUGAGUAACAGUUGCGGGCUGAGCGGUAGCAGCAGUAGCAACGCAAUGCCUUCGGUACACGGCCGAAUCGGUGGGAAUGGCGGAGCGGCGGGCGGUUCCACCAACGGACCCGGCGGUAUGCCACAGAAAACCAGACUGUCGACGCACCAAAGAAAUCACAGCUUAGACUUUAGAUCAAUGGGAAUCCUAUUACCUCCAGUAUCGCAGGUGACUAAUACUCGAAUCAACAUGACCCAGCACCACCGGAACCGAAGUUUGGACAGUGCUCUUCAGCGGAUACCCGAGGUUGAAGUAUCCUCACCGAGUGCCGAAUCGGAAAACACCCUGUGCACGAGCUCGAUACUCGGAGCCACCAUGUGCAGCAAGAUCAUUCAGUCCUCAUCGACGAACCCGAACAACACACCGGCUAUAACGCGGGGGAUCAGCUGUAGUGCCGGAGCUAGUGUCUCCUCCGAAAAUGGCAUUCGGAGCAGUAGCAGCAGCAGCAGUAGUGGAACAGUGCUUAACGGAAGCGAAGCUGGAUCUGCACUUGUUGCUGGAUUGCGAACGGGAAAGGUCGAAAACGAAACCCUUGGUGGGAAAGAAAGUGACAGCAAAAAGAGGGAAGACUUGACCAGCCUAGGGUCGGAUGAUUCCGGCAUCAUUUGCGGCUCGGAACCAGACCACACCUCACUGACACGGAUUCGCCGCUCACGGGAAAGCCUCGACUCGGGUGAAAUCGACCCCUCCGAAGAGGAGUGCAUCGAAAUCCUCGAGACAACCUCGAUGGACGAAGAGUACCGGAUGCUACAAGCCGAUCUGUGCUUCUAUCCGCUAACACUGUCCGGUUCGGCGGGUGCAAGCAAUAGCGGCAGUAUGAAGGAAAAGGACAACCGUAGCGCGAAAUCUGUCGAGGUUGGUAGCGGUAGUGGAUCGACAUCAUCCACCGAUGGCAUCGUUAGCGAUAAGAUUCGCUAUCGUGAGCAAAACAUGAACAAGGCCGCCAUCAUGAUGGAGAAGAUUUGCGUUCCUAUCGAGUACGAGGAUGAUCUGACGGACGGUGGCGAUGAGGCGACCGGUGAGGAUGAAAUUGACGCAAUUACACCCGUUGUGGGUGAAGACAAGACCAUCCUGGAUGAUGGUGAUUUGACAACGCCGUUGGCUGAGACGAAGGAUGUUUCAGCGACGACCAGUACGAAUUCUGUUGUGCCAAGUACCAGUAGCCAAAAAAGUGAUCAAAAGAACGAAAUCAUAUUUCGGAACUUUUUCGGCGCCACCAAAAAUGCCAUUUUUCGAACGGCGCAAAGCAUCAUCGAUAAUCACGAGAAGAAGAGUGCAAAAAAUAAGGAGAAGGAAGAGGAAAAGGUCAAAUCACCGACGGAAAUUUCCAAGAAGCGCGAAUUUAAUGUUUUACGAUCGCGAACGAAGACCAAGGAAACCAACAACGCCGGUUGCAGUUCAACUGGAUCAAACGCCAACAACAGUAGCAGUAGUAGCGGCGGUAGUAGUAACACAAACAAUCUGCUGUCCCCGGAUGUGCAACCGUCGCCAAAGAUCGGCUUCAAGAGUCUUUCGAAAUCGUCGUCCACCAGUUCACUAAAAGCACCAGGAAUAGCCGUAGCGACAUGCCCCAAUCCGAAGAAAAUCAUCGAACCUCACAUCACAGACGAACGGGGCCAAAGUGGUCUGCUGAGGUUUUUCGAAUCGCCGGUUUUCAACAUACACUUUGCCGUCCAUUACCUGUUUUACUCCACAGAACCAGGCGUCCUUAGUUUUAUUGGCAACAAAAUUUUCAGCUUCCCCGACGUCGAAGUCGACCUGUACAUCCCACAGCUGAUUAUUAUGUACAUGCAGAUCGAGGAACUGUCUGAAGUGCUGGAUCCUUAUCUUGUCUACCGAUGUCGACAGUCCGUAGAUUUUUCCCUGCGGUGUAUUUGGUUGCUAGAAGCCUACAACUUCAACAUGGGCAAGGGAAACAAUUCCACUCGGAAGCAUUUGACACUGCUAAGAGAAUUGUAUCCAAGGCGCGAACGAAAGCAAAACCUCAGGCCACCGAUGGAUUCUGUGAUGGAUGCGUCGAAAAAGACUCAUCAUCGAUCCCAAUCGGAUGCAACCGGUCUGAUGGGAUCACUAACGCUAAAUCCUAUCGUCUUUCCGGCCCCUUCCAGACCUCUUAGUCUCGGGGAUCUAAGCAGCGGACGCGCCUUCGACAAUGGUUGUUUAUGCUUCGAAUCCGUUCGUGGCGCGGUGAAUGAUCUGCUCGGACAACAGACCGUAUGCUAUUGUGGAGCCCCGAAGUUAGUCCCACAGAAGGAGUUUAUGAAAUCUCUAAUCGACAUCGGUCGAAUGUUGACCGUUCUGCAGACCAAAAUCGAGAAAACAGCCCGACUACGAAUACUCCUCAACUUGAUUAACAAGAAUCUUCCAGCGCGUGUUUGGCUUCCACUACAUUCCGAGACACCACAUCACGUGGUACGGAUAACUGAAGAGAAAACGGCUGUCCUUAAUUCUAAGGAUAAAACUCCCUACAUUAUCUACGUGGAGGUUGUCGAGGUGAACGACAUUUACACGUCCCCCGUCAUUCCGAAACUGAUGCCCACGCUGAGGCAUACCAAGAGUGAGGAACGUUUGGACAGCGGAAACAAACCGAACGGGACAGCGGAUCCUAACCAGCGAGAUUCGAAGAUAUCUGAUUGUUCGUCGGGAGAAUUGUCGACACCUAGUUUAACGUGGGGAAUGCUAGGAGGAAUGUGCGACUAUAGCUUGACGGAUGAUGACGUGUGGUCGGCGGAAGAUGACGAAAUAACGGCGCAAUACCUGAAUCUACACAAGACCCUGUCCGAGCGGGACGCUAUUUCACAGAUUUCGAUGGAUUCCUAUGAUUCGCGGGAUCAUGGAGCCCCAGUUCUCUUCAACGUAGACGAAGAGCGAAAUCGCCAAUGUGCCAACUUGAACUCUGAGAACACAAAACCAUUCAGCUUUGAUCCGGAUGAUCCUUCGGCUGCCAUUCUGAAGGAACCCUGGCACGAAAAGGAGAAACAGAUCCGUGAGAGCUCGCCCUACGGUCACUUGCCAAAUUGGCGGCUACUUUCGGCAAUCGUCAAGUGUGGCGACGAUUUGCGACAGGAGCUAAUGGCGACGCAAUUGUUGGAGAUGUUCAAGCUGAUCUGGGAGGAAGAAACCGUGGACCUGUGGGUACGGCCGUACAAGAUUGUCUGCCUGUCCAACGAUUCCGGUCUGAUCGAACCGAUUCUGAACACCGUUUCGCUACAUCAGAUCAAGAAGAACAGCAACAAAAGCCUGAGCGACUACUUCGUGGACGAGUAUGGCGAUAUGGAUUCGGUCCAGUUCCGGGCUGCCCAGCGGAACUUUAUGCAAUCGUGUGCGGCGUACUGCUUGAUUUCCUAUCUCCUGCAAGUUAAGGAUCGACACAAUGGAAACAUUUUGCUGCAUGCCGAUGGCCAUCUGAUACACAUCGAUUUCGGAUUCAUCUUGAGCAUAUCUCCCAAGAACUUAGGUUUUGAACAAUCACCCUUCAAACUGACACCCGAGUUCGUGGAUGUCAUGGGUGGACCCUCGUCGGAGCUGUGGUUUGAGUUCAAGCACCUGCUGCUCGAAGGUCUUAAAGCUGCCCGGAAGCACAUGGAUCGCAUCAUCAACAUCGUGGAGAUAAUGAGAAGUACAUCCCAACUACCAUGCUUCAAGAACGGUUGCUCGGGCACGGUAAAGAAUCUACGCCACCGGUUCCACAUGAACCUAACGGAGCAGGAGCUGGAACGGAAGGUCGAACAGCUGGUGCAGGAUUCGCUCAAUUCGUUCUCGACCAAACUGUACGACAGCUAUCAGUACUUCACCAAUGGCAUUUUGUGAGAGCGAUUCUUUAUGAAAAUUUAAGGCAGGCCGGCGUUUUCAAGCCACACGUCCGCCCGCCGUCUCCCGGAUGGCCAUAUGAAUACGGUGGAAGGCAAUUACAAUUAAAAAUGGAGAAAAGUACAAAAAAUGUUUCUAUUAGUGUUUUUUUCCUGUUUUGUCGCUUGUAAAAAUUAUACACACAGCAAUUUUUUUUUUGGUAAAUAUCAUAUUACUUCUAAUAUGGCUUCUCUCAAACCACAAUGAGGUGCAAAAAAAAUCACGCCUACAACGUGCUUUUUGUGUAAAUGUCAUGUAAAUACAGUCGGCUAACUGCAUCAAACAAUUGUAUAUACAACAUAAGCCGAGCGCGGAGGUUUUUCUGUGAAAAACCUUUUUUACCCCUCAGUAACAUUUUUAAUCGUAGGAUUUCCUUUGUAAAAAUAUUACAACUAACUCUAGUAGUGUAGCAGCGCGUUUAAGCAGAAACGGAAAAGAAUGAAAACAAUGCAAGCAAAUCAACAAUUCACAACUAUUUUUAAUCAAACUCUGCUAGAGGAAAUGAAAUCAAGAGUCAGAUAGUUACAUCGUGUGCAUAUAGUAUGUAGAAGGAUGGUGCAGAAGUAAUUCCAAUAAUCAAACGGUUAGGAUAGAGAACAGUCAUGUUUGUCCCAUAAUUCGUCUGAAAAAACCAAUGGCUUUGAUAUUUUCGAAUCGAGUCAGUAACAUUCGUACUGAAUUUGGACAGGCGGUCACAUAAUUUAUACUCAUUCUAUUUAGCUAAUCUGCGAUUAUUUCAAGUAAACAUUACCAGAUGAGUGUGCAGCAGAAAAGCAACAGGAAGGAAAAAAACUUUGCUGGCGAUCUAGAAACAUUCCUUUGCUAGACACAUCUUUUGCUGGAUGCCCCUCUGCGCAACGUCAUAGCAGCAUAUUACACUACUUGUCCAAGUUUAAACAAUGCAUAUAAACCUUCAUAGAGCAAAGAUAGUGCUUCUUUCAGUUUUUUGCUGAAUGUAGAGAGAUUUGAGAAGAAAGCUAGUUAAGUCAAUUGUUGCAAGCUGAUUGAUGGUGAUAAACUUGUUUGAAAAGCAAAGGGGAUGUGACGAUGACACGCUUGUCUCCCGUCUCCGGUAUAAUGUAGCCAAAACACUGAAGGAAUCUAAAUCGUUCUAUUUUAUUCGUCGCAAUUUAAUGUUCGCUUCGUUGUAAAUAUGUUAGCUCCAAGUCCGAAAGUUCACGUUUAACGGGGAUUCGUUAUCCUUUUUGCAUUCUUAAUCUUAUAUAGUUGAAAGACAUACUUCUACAAAAUAUACAAAUUACCUAAUCUAUCAGAAUAAUCUAAUUCUUGUCGAUUCCUGGAAUCUUUUAUUUUGAAGCUACCAAACUGAUAGUCGUAAGCAUAAAUAAAUCCUACAUAACAUACCUACCUACCUACCUACUACCUACCAGCUAGUAAAUACACAUUUUUAGAGUCACAGGCGAUAUACUCGAAACGUGGGGUAAGCGAAAAAAAAAACAAUGGCGAAGCAGCAAAUACUCGUGAAUGACGAACUACAAAAGAACUAACCUUCGGUACAGUUAGCGUGAAUGAGCCAAAACUUUCUACGGAGUUCGCAGUAAAACCAUUCGAUUCUCAUAAUUCAUGUAGAGUUGCAGUUAAAAUGCCGACGAAAGUCAUCUUUUGUUGGUCUAUUAUUUCUACAGGUAAACUUUUUAAAUCAAAAUUCGCUAGUUAUACAUAGUAAGGCAAAUGGUAGAAGAGCAAAUUUAUGAACAGCGAAUGGUGGUUGAAAUGGAUGGACGGAACAGUCAAAAAAACGUAGAUAGCUUUUUCAUAUAUUAUAUUCAAUUUAAAAGAGCAAAGCGAAGCAAAAUAUAAUCCAUAUUUGGGGAUACGAGGACGCGGACUGCGAAAAAAAUGGUACAGAAACAGAUCAAAUCAGAAAAAAAGUCCUAUAUUUAUUAAUUGUAACACAAAACCUGCAAGCAACUACAGAGUAAGAGAAACAACUGACGGGGAGAAGUGUUUUGCGCUAACCCUAAGAUUAUUAAGAUUAGUUCCAGUAAUUAAUAACGAUUAAUCUUACAUAAAAAUUAAGGUAAAUAAAUAAUAAUACGUA